AUGGGUAAGCUUAAUCCUCCCUUACUUCUUCCUUCUAUUGUUAAUGCUGGAAAACAUCUUUCUAAUUUCCGCUCUUCUAUUUCUUCUUCUUCUUCUAAAACCAUUGCUGCCCACAUCCAACCUUUCACUAAGAAUUCCAUAUCUGCAAGGGGAAACCGAAAAAAUUAUGAUGGCUUUGAUAAUGUUGAUGAUGCUUUUGCUUUGUUAAAUAAGAUGAUUGACAAAUUAAUGGACUUGGUAAGCAGAAUAAGAUUUCUCACGCUGAGUUUGUUUGAUGAAAUGGUUGACAAAGGGUAUCAGCUUAAUUUAAUUGUUUACAGUAUAAUACUUAUUGGGUUGUGUAAGAUUGGUUCUCAUCUUUUCUCCCAAGUGAAGGUUAAGGGCAUUAGACCAGAUAUAGUUACUUACAAUUGCUUAAUUCAUGCAAUGUAUAAUUUGGGCCAGCAGGAGGAGGCAACAAGGCUUUUUAAUAAAAUGAUGGAUAACAAUAUUUCACUUGAUAUUGUCACGUAUGAUAUAUUGGUUGAUGCUCAUUGCAAGGAUGGGAAGAAUUCUAAAGCAAUAGAUACCAUUGACACAAUGAAAAAGCAAGGCAUUGAGCUUGAUGUUGUUACGUAUAAUGCAUUAAUUAACGGUCAUUGCUUGCAAAACAGGAUGGAUAAAGCUAGAAAAGUAUUUCACUUGAUGAUUAAGAAGGGUUGUGCACCUGAUAUAUCUAGUUACAACAUCAUGAUCAAUGGAUAUUGUGAAGAUAGAAGGAUAGAAGAAACAAUGGAACUCUUUCACGAAAUAUUCCAAAAAGGACCAAUCCCGGAUACUGUCACAUACAACACUCUUACGCAAGGUAUGUGUCAACUAGGGAGAGUUUCAUCUGCAUGUGAACUUUUGAGGAAGAUGCUUGCUUUUGGACAAGUUCCAAAUGUAGUGACCUGUUUAAAUUUGUUGAAUGGUUUAUGCAAAAGUGAUAAACUCGAAGAGGCUUUGGAACUUUUUCGAGCAAUGCGGAACAGCAAGUUGGAACUCAAUAUUGUCUGUUAUAAUAUCCUAAUUGGUGGCUUGUGCAAAUCUGGGCAUAUUGAAGUUGGAAAGGAAUUAUUUCAUAAACUAUCAGUCUAUGGUUUAAAGCCUGAUGUUUACACAUAUGCUAUAAUGAUUAAUGGAUUUUGCAAACAGGGAUUGCCAGAUGAAGCAUACUAGUUGUUUAGGAGCAUCGGAGAUAAUGAUUGUUUGCUUGAUA